CGCUGCGGGCGCCGGCAGCCCGGGCACCGCGAGGCGGAGAGGCGGCAGGCGACACUGGGAAAGAGAAAGGGCAAGAGGGACUUCUGCCUGCACCUUGGGUCUGGACUGUUCAUCUUGAAACGUCGCUGAAUUCUACCUUCACUUCUGCCCUGAACCUCUGGACUUGGAGAAAACUUGGCUCCUUUCCAUAGAAUUUCUACACUGAUCAAUCAAGAGCAGAAAAUCUGAAGAGAUGCCAGCAGGAAAAAGAAAUUAACUGCCAGAGGUCAGAGGACAGAGCCUGGGAGCAAAUGUCCUUGGAAAAUGAGGAGGAGGUGAUUGGUGACUAGGUGGAGACAUCCAGCAAAGGCCCAAGGAGCAAUGCAACAGGCAUGAUGGAGGUCGAGUCCUCCUACUCGGACUUCAUCUCCUGUGACCGGACAGGCCGUCGGAAUGCAGUCCCUGACAUCCAAGGCGACUCGGAGGCCGUGAGCGUGCGGAAGCUGGCUGGAGACAUGGGCGAGCUGGCACUGGAGGGGGCAGAAGGACAGGCAGAAGCAAGCACUUCUGACAAGGAGGCCAGCAACCAACCUGAGAGUUGUGAUGGAACCACCUCAUCUUGAGUCUGCCUUUGUCCACAGAGGCUGGAAGAGAGACCUGCUGUCCCCCUCCCCCCCGGAACAAGAGCCCUGGCACUGGCCAAGUAGCCUCUUCUCUGAGCCCAUGUGCCAGGCCAAACUAUGAAGCCCUGUGGAGGCCUCCAUGGCCCCUUCUCAGAAAGCUCUCUGCCCACCCCACAGGUUCCCCAUAACCACCACCCUCUCACCAUGCCCAGGUACACUUUGAAGAUGCUGUAACCACAGGAUGUUAUUUAUUCAGUGGGGCAGGGCUCGGGUCAGGCCCUGUCUACCAGGUGAACAGCCAGGUCACGUUCCUUCUGCGGCCAUCUGGAUGGGACUGAGCGUGUCCUGGCACCGCCCCUCCUUUCCAACCCCAGCCUCUGGGCCAAGACCUUCGUAUCCCUUUUUUAAGAAACACUUUUAAACUUUUGUAAAAACUUCAAACCUUUCUUCAGCAGAGGGAGGGAGCUGACAAUCAAUUCCUUUUUGUUCUGGAAGCUGUUUCAAGCUGGCUCUGACCAUCUAUGCAGCUCUGAGGCUCCCUCAUGGAGCUUCACAGGUCCAUUGUUAGGGAAAGGAUUUGGGAUCUAAGCUAACUGACCGAUUCUUUGCCCUUUCUACCAAGAUAAGUGACACUUAGGCCCUGAGAAAUAAAGCUGAUUUGUGUGA